GAUUCUGAUUCAUAAUUUUAUCUUCAUUUCGUCUUUCAUUUCGUCGCGCGCCUGUCAGGCGAUGCGCAGUUUGCUGUGAUGGCUCUGUGUAACAUUUUCGUAUUAUUCACAAUUUUAUGAUAUUCACGUGUCCACACCUCUUAGAAUAAUUUAGUCUUAAUUUGUAUUUAUGUGUUUAAAUGCGUUUGAAUAAAAUGGCGAAUCAAUCCCAGAAAAUUGUGUUUAAAUUGGUGUUGACUGGAGGGCCUUGCGGCGGCAAAACUACAGGGCAAUCCCGACUUAGCACAUUCUUCGAAAACUUGGGAUGGAAGGUGUUCCGGGUGCCGGAAACGGCUACCGUCCUCUUAAGUGGCGGUAUAAAGUUUGCAGAUCUCAGCCCAGAUGAAGCAAUGAAGUUCCAGGAGAAUCUAUUGAAAACCAUGAUUCAAAUCGAGAACACGUUCUUCGAACUGGGACGAACAUGUCAACGGAACUGCCUUAUUAUAUGCGACCGAGGAGCCAUGGACGCUAGUGCAUUUAUAUCAAAGGAAAAGUGGGAGGCGAUGUUGAGCGCUAACAACUGGAAUAGUGUGGAAUUGCGGGAUAAUAGAUACAAUCACAUCGUGCAUAUGGUUUCAGCAGCUAACGGAGCUGAAGACUUCUAUUCAACUGAGGAUCAUGCAUGUCGCUCGGAGGGCGUGGAGCUCGCCAGGGAGCUCGACUACAACGCGGCGGCUGCUUGGAUAGGCCAUCCGUAUUUCGAUGUCAUCGAUAACUCGACUGACUUCGACAAGAAGAUGAACCGUCUAAUCGCCUGCGUCUGCCAGCGGAUCGGCAUCGACACAGGCGAUCGGCUCAACGUCAACUCCAAGAAACGCAAGUUCCUCAUCAAGAGUCCUCUCCGCCCCGAUACCGAAUUCCCGCCGUUCCAAGACUUCGACGUCGUUCAUAAUUACUUACAGAGUGAUUUCCGCAAGGCUCAAGUCAGGCUUCGCAAGCGAGGUCAGAAGGGCCACUGGUCUUAUAUUCACACUGUGAGGAAAUUCCACCCCACGAACGGGCAGUCCGUUGAAGUGCGUACUCAGUUGACGCAUAGGGACUAUCUCAAUAUGCUACCGCAGCGCGACGAUGCACAUUUCACGAUAUUUAAGAAACGCCGUUGCUUCAUCUUCAAUAAUCAAUAUUACCAGUUGGACAUUUAUAGACAGCCAACGCAUCCCAGGUGUCGUGGUUUGGUACUUCUCGAAACAUACAGUGCGGCUUACGAUCAGGACGCGUUGGUAGCUUCUCUGCCAAAGUUCCUAACUAUCGAGAAGGAGGUGACCGGAGAUCCAGCAUAUUCCAUGUAUAAUUUAUCUCUAAAGGAAGAUUGGAAAACAUCGACCAAGUACUACGCGGGUUCAGAUUAUAAUGGGCAAAUAAAAUGUUUAACAAAUGGUCAUGCAAAUAGACUAAAUGGCCACGAAGCUGAUAAAAUUAAUGGACACGGUGGAGUAAAAUUGAAUGGACACAGCUGCAACAAGACCAAUGGACACUCCGGAGAGAAGAACCAAGUGUACAGCAGAAUAAGUGGUCUCCAUAAAAUGAAUGGUCAUGAACAGACAAAUGACACAGAUUUAAAUAACUUAAAAAAUAUAAACGGUGCGAAGCCAAGAUCACCAAAGAUUCCAAAGAAAGAUGCUCUUAAGGUGUAAAUUUGAAUCAUUAUAAUGUCUAUAUUUAAUAAUAUUUAUAAAAUUCCAUUUUGCGACAUUAUAGUAUACACCAAAUCGUAAAUUAUAUUUGUAGUUUAAGCUAUAUUAUAUCUGCGAUUUUAAAUUUUUAACAUCUCUGUGUAACUCUCUGUAUUUAUCAAAUAAUUGUAAAUGCCAAAUAAAGCAACUAUUUUUAUAGUAUUUCUUGACUGCAUAUAUUUUCUGAAGAUCAUGCGUCAGUAAAAUGUGCACAUCUAAUGAAAUAUUUCAUCGAUAUAGAAACACUUUAUAUUGUUUGUGCCUUUUAUAUAUUCAUACAGUGUUGUAUGUUGAAUUACAUUUUAUAUUAUGUAGUACUUAAUAUAUUAUAUUGCAAUAAUAUAUUAUGUGAAGUAUUAUUGCAGAUUAUAUAGAAGUCGUAUUAUGAUUUAAGAAAAAUGAAGCAUUUUCUUUUAAUAGAAUGUCGUUAAAUAUUACACGUGAAAUUAUAAUGAUGACAAAAGUUCACUUAAUUAAUUUAUAUGAAAUGAAUUUCUAAAUAUAUUUUUGAUUUCUAGUAUAGUUACAGUUUUAGUUGUAAGUUUCGAUUGGAAUUCACUAAACAAAUUUUAAGACGUGAUUUUAUUUUUAUUAAAUGUUAGAAUGUACUUAAGAAAAUUCUUCAGAUGUAAUUUACGAAAGUAUUCGUCAAAAAUAAUAUAAAUCAUUAGAAGCUGUAACUAUGAAUUAUGUAGCUAUUAUGUUAUUUGGCAGGAGUCAAUGGUAGUGGUAGCACUGUUUUUUUAUGGCUGUGCUAUAUAAUAUAAUUAAAAUGUUAGAGCUAUUUCAACUUUGCUAAUUGUUGGCAAGGCUAUGCCAACACAAUUGUUAAAAGUUGCACCUUAUUAUUUGCAGGUUCGUUAAGAUUACAUUUUAUUUUGUGAAUAAACUUUUCAGGUAAAUGUACUCUGCUAAAUUAUUUUUUUGAAGUAUUGUAAUUUUGAAAUCAUUUUAGUGCAACUUAAUAUUUCGAAUUAAAUCUCAAAAUUAUAUUUUGUAACACUUAGCACUGGUUCUCAAAUAAAGAAAAUGUGCGCCUGACAAA